AUGUCUGACGCCGGCGAGAUCGAGGUCGAGAACUCCGCCCUCUAUGAGGUGCUCCCCAAGGAUGUUGUCAAGGAGGUUGGCAAUGUCAAGCUCUUCAACAAGUGGGACUACGAUGUCGAGGUCCGCGACAUCUCCCUGACUGACUACAUUUCCCUCCGAAACCCCGUCUACGUCACCCACACUGCUGGCCGUUAUGCUACAAAGCGAUUCCGCAAGGCCAACUGCCCCAUCAUUGAGCGAUUGACCAACUCUCUGAUGCACCACGGCCGUAACAACGGAAAGAAGCUCAUGGCUGUUCGAAUUGUCGCCCACGCCUUCGAGAUCAUCCACCUCAUGACCGAUCAGAACCCCAUCCAGGUCGCUGUCGACGCCAUCGUCAACUGCGGUCCUCGCGAAGACUCUACCCGAAUUGGUUCCGCCGGUACCGUCCGACGACAAGCCGUUGAUGUCUCUCCCCUCCGCCGAGUUAACCAGGCUAUCUCUCUCCUCACCACUGGUGCUCGCGAGGCCUCUUUCCGCAACGUCAAGUCCAUUGCUGAGUGCCUUGCUGAGGAGUUGAUCAACGCCGCCAAGGGUUCCAGCAACUCUUACGCUAUCAAGAAGAAGGACGAGUUGGAGCGUGUGGCCAAGAGCAACCGAUAA